CAAAAAAGUUAAUCUACUGCAGAAACAUCACUCAACGUCUCUCGUCAGCAAAAAACGACCUCGCAACGAUCUGCCUCGGUCUCAGCAUCUCCCACACGAGCGGCCAUCCUUCCCUUCAUCAAACAGCGCCUCUGUUCAGAAAGUCGAGCCCACGCCCUCUCACAUUUGUCAGCACCUCUCGUACGACCACUCCUUGCGGCUCAAUCAGAAGAUACUCCUCUCAGAGAUUCAAGAAGACUUCGCUGUACUCGGGACUAGCGUGCGUGCCGAAUCAAUUGCAAGCACGCUAGUACAGAAGAUCUCAAGAUCCAACCAUGCCAGCUAAAUCGCCUAUGCCCGACAUCUCUAUCCCCCAAGCGAGACGCAUCGUGGUAGAUACCACAGGGGCACAGAUCGUCCAGGAAGAAUCACCAGCAACCAGAGACUCUCGGGGGAUCUACCUGCCUCAUUAUACGGAGCCCGUGUCGCAUAUUGCUAUCGACAUCGGUGGAUCGCUCGCCAAAGUCGUCUACUUUACCCGUUCGAAUCAGCCCCUCUCAACCUCCCCACCCUCAUCCGGCACAACCUCCCCAUUCCUUCCCCCUUCUCAAUCCGUAGCCCAGCCGGCUCCAUUCGUCAAUGGGGAAGGCUCCAGCCACUCCCCAACCGACUCUCCUGCUCUCAGUCCCCAAACACAUGCCUCCUUCGAUCCAUCGCCGCCCGAGCAGCGACGACCCACUCUAAACGGUGCUCUGACGCCUGCUACACUCGCAGAAAAUGACGGCAAAAUCGCUCUACCGAAUAGCAAGCGGAAGGCUCGCAAAGCCCACGAGCGCCACUCCUCCACGGCGCCCCUCCCCGGCGGUCUCUUGAACUUUGCCAGGUUCGAGACCGAAAACAUUGAAGAGCUCAUCACUUUUCUGCAAGAGCUGAUAUCGUCUUCGGCAACUGCCAACAGGGUAUCGCUGGAAAAGAUGAAGCAGAAUGUAAAGGUCAUGGCGACAGGAGGAGGAGCGCACAUGUACCAUGAUGUGCUUACCGAGCAACUGGGGGUGGAAGUGCAUCGGGAAGAAGAGAUGGAGUGUUUGAUCCGAGGGCUGGGCUUUGUUACUAGAGUUCCGGAAGAAGUGUUCUGGUUCUCCGAGGAACUCGUAUACAAAGUCUCCCACCUCAGUACCAACGCCGACAACGAAGUAGAAACCACCGAAUCCCUCACUAUUCCUCCAUCUGAACUUCCUAGACCAUCACCCACACCACCAGCGUACCAAGUCACUUUUGCGCCCACGCCGGCAGAGGAUGACCCUAUGCCUCACUUCCCGUGUCUGAUGGUUAACAUUGGAAGUGGAGUGAGUAUAGUCAAGGUGGAUGAGGAUGGGAAACUUGAGCGAGUCAGCGGAACGUCCCUGGGUGGAGGCACGCUGUGGGGCCUGCUGAGUCUUUUGACAGACGCAGACAGCUUUGACGAAAUGCUCAUGCUCUCCGAGAAGGGCGACAACUCUGCUGUCGACAUGCUGGUUGGGGACAUUUACGGGCAAGACGCCAACAUCUUUGGACUGAAGUCAUCCACUAUCGCUUCCACUUUCGGCAAAGUGUUCAAGAAGGGAUCGAAUGCGGACCGGAAGAAGAGGUUCAAGCCGGAGGAUAUUGCAAAGAGCUUGUUGUAUGCCAUCAGUAACAACAUUGGGCAUGUUGCGUACAUGAACGCUGCCAAAUAUGGGCUCGACAAGGUCUUCUUUGGCGGGUGCUUCAUUCGAGGCCACGCUGCUACAAUUUCCACACUUUCCUAUGCUAUUCGAUUCUGGAGCAAGGGUACCAUGACGGCUUGCUUCUUGCGGCACGAGGGCUUCCUCGGCGCGAUAGGGGCAUGGAUAAAGAACGUUGGUGAGACGGACGAACGUGGCAGCCCGGUGUCCCGCGUGAGAGAAAGGAGCAAUUCUACGGAUGGGCUGGAUGCGAAGACCAAUGGGAUCGCACUGGGGGCCAAAGGAGAGGAAUAGCAGGUCUAGGCAUGGAAGAUCUGGAGUAGAGGUCUGUAAGUGCCGUAGUACUGUACGAGUAAUCCGCAUUACGGCAUGAACAUCGUCUGCAUUGAGUGUUUAUUGUACGCCAUUACAGAAGCAUGACAAUGGACGA